CUAAAGUUCAAGGUACCGUAGCAGGUUUGAUUCGGUGCACUCGGCUCUCUAUCACUCAGCUCCACAGUACAGACUGGUGUGUUUGUCUGCACAGAGGCCUUUUAAAACUCAAAGAGACAAUGGGAGACUGGGGUUUUCUGUCCAAGCUGCUGGAAAAGGUCCAGUCCCACUCCUCUGUCAUCGGGAAGGUCUGGCUCAGCGUGCUGUUCAUCUUCAGGAUCAUGGUCCUCGGAGCUGGAGCAGAUAAGGUGUGGGGAGAUGAACAGUCGAAUAUGGUCUGUAACACCAAACAACCCGGUUGCAAGAACGUCUGCUACGACCACGCCUUCCCGAUCUCGCACAUUCGAUUCUGGGUCCUCCAGAUCAUCUUCGUCUCCACGCCGACGCUGAUCUACCUCGGCCACGUCUUCCACGUCAUCCACAAAGAAAACAAGAUGAGAGGAUACAUGCAGGCCCACUCCGGGAGCGAGUUCACCAAAGUUCCCAAGUACUCUGACGAUAAAGGCCACGUCAAGAUCAAAGGCAACCUGCUGGGGUCCUACAUGACCUCCAUCUUCUUCCGAAUCCUUCUGGAGGUGGCGUUCAUCGUGGGGCAGUACUACCUGUACGGGUUCAUCAUGGACCCGAGAAUCGUCUGCUCCCGGGCGCCCUGUCCCUUCACCGUGGAGUGCUUCAUGUCUCGGCCCACGGAGAAGACCAUCUUCAUCAUCUUCAUGCUCGUGGUGUCCUGCGUCUCUCUCCUGCUCAACGUGGCGGAGAUCUUCCACCUGCUGUGUUCCCGCGCUUCCAGGAGAAAGUCAAAGACAGUGUCGUCCGCCGCCAUCGCCAUUCACCCACGUUUGAACGGCGACAGCCUGAUGAAGAGCGAGAAGCUUAGCCUCCACGCUCACAGCACGGCCUGAAGAGUUUAGAUCCAGGAGCGACUAAUGGGGCCGAAGAGAUAACGGCACAUUUAAAGAGUUAUUUAUUCAUGUGAGGUUAAAAAAUACUGGAAAUUAUGCAAAUUUGCAGACUUUAAUGAACCUUACAAUGAAUUAAAAUGCACAAGAACAAUAUAGUAUACGGUUCAGGAGCUACCUUGAGUUUUUUGUGGUUUUUAUUAUGUUUUGAACUUGAAUAUUGGCAAAUGGCACAUUGGUACUCGGGAUCAAUAACACUGUGUCUAUGUCUGCGUUGGCUAAAAGCUGCUUUGUUUUUUGUUUUUUUCUCAUAUAUAUAAUAUAUUGUUAAAAGUUUAAAUCAGACCAUGAC